CGGAAGCUAAUAAAUAUCAAAUCAGAACAUCGAGGUACAUUUUAAUGUAAUUUUUCAUAAUUAUAGGAACGAUAUGAAGAAACUGAGUGGAGUUCUCAUCUUUCUAUUCUUCUGUCUUCCACUCUCCUUUGUCGAAACCCAAAACAAUGGAGUAGCGAACGACAAAGCCAUUUUACAUGUCGGGGUGAUUCUCGAUUUGACUUCGACUGUCGGGAACGUCACCCGUGCAUGCAUUUCGAUAGCGUAUUCCAACUUUUAUAAAAUUCAUCCUAAUCAGAAUACGAGAGUAGUUAUUCAUAUGCGGGAUUCGAAAGGUGAUCCUGUUACUGCUACCAGUGCUGCUUUAGAUUUGAUACACAACAUCGGGGUGAAAGCAAUCAUCGGCCUAGACUCGUCAGUAGGAGCAGAAUUUGUUGCAUAUGUUGGUAGCAAAUCUCAUAUACCGAUCCUCUCAUUCUCUCCAACCCACUCAUCCAUUUCACUAACUCAAGCUCCUUACCUCAUUAGAGUUGCCCAAAAUGAUUCAUCACAAGUAAAGGCGAUUGCAGCGAUCAUUCAAGCAUACAAGUUGAAGGAAUUAUCUAUCAUUCAUGAUGAUAGCCGAAUUGGGAAUGCUCUGGUGCCAUCCCUUGCAGUUGCUCUUUCUGAUGUUGAUGCUCAAGUAUUUAAUAAAACCAUCAUACCCAGCACGGCAAAUGCCACGAUAAUCAACAAUAGUUUGCUCGAGUUAAAAAGCAUGAAAUCCAAGGUCUUCGUUGUUCAUAUGUCACCCUCUUUAGCUGCCUCUUUCUUCUUGAAUGUUCAUAAGCAGGGAAUGAUGAGUAAAGGGUAUGUGUGGAUUAUCACGACCGCCAUUGCUGAUGUUAUGUCCUAUAUGGAGCCUUCUGUUUUACGUUCCAUGAAUGGUGUUAUCGGUGUUAAAGCUCAUGUGCCGGAAACUAAGUCUCUUAAAAAGUUUAGUAUUCAAUUCCAAAAGCGUUUUAAGCAGAACGAUCGGAAAUUAUAUAGACCACAACCUAACAUAAAUGCACUGCGGGCAUAUGAUGUAAUGUUUCUGAUGGCAAUGGUAGCUAACAAAGUUCAGCCGCGUUUUAACGAUAAAAACUCUUUAUCACCACCGGCAAAUAAGAAAGGAAAUCUUGGUUUGUUUGACAAUAGUGUCUCUACUAUGGGUUCAAAAUUCUUACAAGCAAUUCAAGCGGCAAAAUUUACGGGGCUCAGUGGUGAGAUUCAGUUUAUAGAUGGGCAGUUACAGUCUAAUACUUAUAGAAUUAUCAAUGUGCUCAGCAAAAGAGAUCGAACGAUAGGCUAUUGGACACCCGGGGCUGGAUUGUCGAAGAACCUGAAUAUAAAAACCAUGCAAAAAGACUAUUCAGCAAAUGAUUAUGACCUUGGCAGUGUUAUAUGGCCAGGAGGGUCCAAAGUUACUCCGAAAGCUAUCACCUUGACUGUUGGAGUCCCUUAUAAAACUGGAUUUGUUGAAUUCAUGAGUGCCAACCGUGAUAAGAACACUAACUCGUGGAAGGUGACUGGCUUUUCAAAAGAUGUGUUUGAAACCGUGAUGUUUGGAUUGCCAUAUGAAUACGAUUAUGUCCCAUAUGAGAUAAAUGGAGUUUCAGCAGGAAAUUACAAUAAGUUAACAUAUUCUGUCUACACGAAGCAGUUUGAUGUUGUCGUGGGAGAUGUGACCAUUGUUGCUAAUAGAUCAAGAUAUGUGGAGUUCAGCCAGCCAUAUUCAAAUUCUGGAGUUCGCAUGAUUACACUAAAAACCGACAAAAAUCUCACUAGUAGUCUCUGGUGGUUUCUAUGGCCUUGGUCAAAGGAUCUUUGGUUUAUAACCAUCGCAUUCUUCUUGACGACUGGGUUUUCUGUUUGGGUAUUUGAAAGAGGCAAAAACCCUGAAUUCCAAGGACCAUUAUCACAGCAGUUGGGGAAAUAUCUCUCCUUCAGCUUUUCAAUUUCAGUUUUUGCACAUAAAGAAAAACUUGAAAGCAACUACUCUAGAUUCAUUGUAAGCCUGUGGAGCUUUUCGGUGUAUAUUCUAAUGGGAUGCUUUAUUGCUAAUCUUACGUCUAUGUUGACGGCCAAGAAUCUUCAAACUAGUACUGUUACCGGAUCGGUUGGGUACCAAAGUGGAUCAUUUGUAUCGGAACUCUUAGUAGAUUUAGGGUACCAUCCCUCAAAGCUCGUUCAACUCUCUACAAUAGGGGAGUACGCCAACGCUCUUAAAAAUGGAAGCGUUUCUGCAAUCUACGAUGAGAUACCUUUCAUUAAAGUUUUCCUGGCACACUAUUGCAAUGAGUUCACAGUUGCUGGACCUACAUAUCCAGCUGGUGGUUUCGGUUUUGUGUUUCCACUAGACUCUCCACUGGUGUCUUAUGCUUCUCAUGGAGUUUUGGAGUUUGCAGAGGGAAAUAAGAUGAAAGAAUUUGAAGAAAAAUGGUUUGGUAGGGAAUCAUGUUAUGAUAAUUUUCAGAAAAAUACAACAUGGAGCCAGCAGCUUCAUCUUUAUAGCUUCAGAAGCGUCUUCAUUAUUAUGGGGGUUGCAUCAGUGUCAACUCUCGGCUUGUUCUUUGCUUCAGAUUUGGUAUAUAAAAGUGCAAAAGAAAAUGGCGGUAUAUUUGAUAUGGUAAGAAAGAAAUUUGUAAAUGAUGUGGCAGAUGCUGAAAACCCCCCGGUCAGAACAAGAGUCUUGAUAGACCAAAUGCAUGAACAAGAGUCAUAUCUUACUUAAUGCUUUGUUUUAGUACUGUCGUUGGUUCUUGUAUAUGUGUAAUAUAAAAUCUGUAUUUCCCAUUUCCAGUCAACAAGUAAAUAUUUUCAAGGCC